CUGCCGUCCGAUCAAGCGCAUGCGGCCCAGAUCGUCGCAUCGCAGGAGAUAGUUCUCUUCCUCUUCUGGCUUCCGCUCGCGGGAGACGGAGUCCGGGACCUCCUCCGCUCCCGCCUGCCCGUCGGCCUGCUCCUAGGCUCCUCCGUGGCUGCUGCAAGCGCCAUGUCUACCGCCGACGUGCUCUACACCUUACUACACUCCCUCGAGAGCCGGAACAGAGCCGACGUGGUGUGCGAGCCGGAAGGGGAGGUAGCACAUCGCCGGAAGGGGAGAGCGCCAACAGUAGUCAUGGAGCGGACCUUUGCUGGGGGUGCGGACCUGGUGGAAAGCGAGCGCCUGGAGCGGACCUUGCUGGGGGCGCGUUCAUCUUGCGCGGGAUUGUGUCCAGACCCCAAGAGCAGGUUCUGUCGUACCUUGUACUAGUGCGUACAGGGGAACGGACGUAAGGUGUUCGCGGAAAUGCCACUGCCAGCAAGAGUCUUUUCUUGGACGCCUCUCAGCUUGCCAUCCCGAACCAUCGACCAAAUUAAAAGUCCUCCGUUCAUCUUGGCUACUGAUCCACUGACUGCACUACCAUUGAUCACCAUGGCCACCACACCAGAGGAAUUCUUCUGCAAGGGUCUCAUGGAGCAGCCACCACCAUCCCCACCUGUCUUCACCGACGACCUUCCCCAGGAGCCCAAUGGCAGCAGCGAGGGCCAGCAUCAUGUCGUCCCUAAUGAGAUGAUGCUUUCUUACGUCUCACACGUGCUCCUGGAUGAUGAUAUUGACGAGAAGCUCAAUAAUCACCCUGCGCUACUCCAGGUGCAGCAGCCCUUUGCUCAGAUCCUGUCUUCCCCUUCCUCUGGCACUAACGCUGGCAGCAGGGAGGGGUCCCACAAUUUCUUGCAUGAAGGUAAUAAUGUUGAUGAAACCGUGCUCAAUUUGACUUUAUCCAAGGGGACAUAUGCUGUGGGGGCGUUCUUGAAGGGUAUGGAAGAGGCCAACAAGUUCUUGCCCAAAGACAACAACUUUAGAAGGGAUGAGCUGUUGAAUCACAUAGUCAGGGAAAGCAGCAGUCACAGUGGGGUGAAGAAGAGGCAUAGUAGGGAUAGGGAUGAUCAUCUACAAUUGGAGAUAACAAGAACAAGCAAAGCUAUGACAAUGACCAAGGAGCAAGAGGAGAACGACUUGGCCAAUGAGAUGCUUGAUGAAAUGAUGUUGCAUGGAUACAAGGCGUGCAUUAGGGGCAUGGACAAGAUGUGUGUCACCAUGGACAGUGAAGUGGAAAAGAAAAACAUGAAUAGUGGUAGUCGCAAGGGGAUGAGGGACGGCAAUGUGGUCGAUAUAUGCAGGUUGAUGAUCUCUUGUGCGCAGGAGGUGGCAGUGAACAAUCACUCGAGGGCACGAGAGCUGCUGAAGCAGAUCAUGCAGCACGCAUCAGAAACAGGGGAUGCCACACAACGGCUGGCUCAAUGUUUCAGCAAGGGGCUGGAGGCACGGCUAGUGGGCACGGGGAGUCUGCUUUGGGAGUUGCUAAUGGCAGAGCGACCUUCUGUUGUGGAGCUCAUCAAGGCCUCCAGCGUUUACUAUGAAGCCUGCUGCUUCAACAAGAUGGCACUUGUUUUCUCUGAGGUGACCAUCAUGCAGGCAAUGGUGGGUAAGAGCAGGCUACACAUCGUUGAUUAUGGUAUGGAGUUUGCAUACCAGUGGGCAGGCUUGCUCCGCUCGUUGGCGAGUAGAGAAGGUGCCCUGCCAGAGGUGAAGAUCACUGCCAUAGGCCUCCCCAAGCCCAAAUCCUACCCAACCGAGAAGAUCGAGGAAAUAGGGUGCCGGCUCGGCAGAUUUGCCCAUGAGUUUGGUCUGCCUUCGUUCAAGUUCCACACUAUCAAGACAAACUGGGAGGACGCUUGCAUCGAGGACCUGAAAAUAGAGGCUGAUGAGGUGCUUGUUGUGAAUGACCUCUUCAGUUUCAGCACCUUGACGGAUGAGAUCAUAUCCAUUGAUGGCCUAAGCCCCAGGGAUAUCGUCCUCAAUAACAUCAGCAAGAUGAGACCACAUGUGUUUAUCCAGAGCGUCUACAAUUGUUCGUAUGGCUCGUCCUUCCUGUCACGGUUUCGAGAGAUGCUUUUGUAUUACACGGCACUAUUUGACAUAUUUGAUGCAACCAUCCCAAGGGAUUGUAAGUCUCGGAUGGUGCUAGAGCAGGUUGUGCUUGGACGCUCUGUGCUGAAUGCCGUCAGCUGCGAAGGCGCGGACCUGGUGGAACGCCCUGAGAGGUACAGGCAAUGGCAGAUGAGAAACCAACGGGCUGGCCUGAGGCAGCUGCCACUGAAGACAAGCAUUGUAGAGAUAGUGAAAGAUAUGGUCAUGAAACACCACCACAAGGACUUCCUGAUCUUCCAGGAUGGCCAAUGGCUUUUGCAAGGAUGGAGGGGGCGUGUCCACUUUGCCCACUCAACAUGGGUUGCAGCAGAUGCCGCUUCUAGAGGUUUAGGUUCUUCCAACGCUGAAUGAUACAGCAUGGUGUUUGGAAACUGCCUGUGAUUGUGAAUUUGCUCACUCAGGCUACUACUGCUGGCAUUUAUGGUUGCAUGUUGUUGUGGUUCUUUUUUAUUUUGUGAAAUGAGGGCUGCCCGACAUGUAUUAAUAGAGAAAAAGUAAUUCUUGUAUUUUUGCAUUCUGGACUUGUACACACGAUACUAUAGAAAGGUCUAGUACCAUUGAUUCCGAAGGCUUUUUACUGGCCUUUUUUUU